AUGGAAAAUGUACUAUCAGGUUUGGUUUUAAAUUUUCUGACACUGAUAGUUGAUGGAUGUGUCUGUUUAAUUUCGAUUGUUAUUUUUACUUACAUUAUAAUUCAUGUAAUUGUUAAUCGUACAAAGCCUGAAGACAAAGUAAUAUUAAUUAUGUGUGCUAAUAUCUUAAUACUUAUCUUUCUCUAUGGAACAAUCGUACUUUCGUUUUCUAUGAAUUCAAUAUUAGGUGAAUUCUACGGAUUAAAUUCUGAUUCUUCAUGGUGUAUAUUUAAUGGAUAUCUUAUUGCAGUUAUUAUCGCUGCUAUGUACAAUGUUUUUGUUAGUCAGGUUAUUAUUGAUUAUGUAUUUUAUGAAACAUGA